UUCAACCCUCAGACAAUAUCGGGAUCUACAACUAUAACAGUUCACCACAAGAAAUCGUCUGCUCUUGCUGGUUUAUAAGUACGCUAAAACGUAUCAGUUCUCCGAAGAUACUUCUCCGACGUUUAGAUCUUUGAAUUUACUUUUUUGUUUCUGCCAUGGUCAAAGAAGUAUUGCUUGCCUGUGUUGGCAAGCCUUCUGCUGGCAAAUCGUCCUUUCUGAACUCAGUUACCGAUGCAACUGCAAAAGUCGGCAACUAUCCCUUCACAACUAUCAAACCAAAUCAAGGUGUUGCUUACAUGCCCAUCGACUGUCCGUGCAAAAAGUAUGGCAAGGAGAGUCAGUGUAAACCUCGACAUGGAACUUGCGAAAAUGGUAUUAGGAAUGUCCCUGUGCAAAUGUUGGAUGUAGCAGGCUUAGUACCUGGUGCAUCCGAAGGUCAGGGCCUAGGAAAUCAAUUUCUCGACGAUCUGCGCCACGCAAAUGCUUUGAUUCACGUCGUUGAUGUCAGCGGAACUACCGAUGCUAGUGGAAAAGUUACACAGGGCUACGACCCCAUUAAUGAUAUAGAUUGGCUGCGAAGCGAGAUUCACAGCUGGGUUCUCAAUAAUUUGCUAAAAAAGUGGCCCAACAUCGUUAGAAGACACACUGCAACAAAAUCAACAUCUAUAGAGACACUGCAGGCACAAUUUUCAGGUUACGGAUCUACGAUUUCUGUUGUGGCAAAGUUUAUGGAUAAGCUUGGCAUCAAAGAUCCUUUAGAAACGUGGGAUGAUGCAAUGAUAGGAAAGGUUGUAGACGGAUUCUUGGACGAGCGAUUUCCAACUGUUGUCGCUUUAAACAAAAUAGAUAUGACAGACGCAGAUAAAAACAUCACUAAAAUUAUGCGUAAAUACGAUCCUAAUACUCUGGUCUUAACAAGUGCUCUGGCCGAAGCCUUCCUUCGAGACAUGCACAAGAAAAGAUAUCUAAAUUACCAGGAAGGAACAGAUAUCGUUGACACAAAGGAUGAUUUGCCGGACUCUGAUCUAAAGCCGUUAGACGAUAAACUGAGGACGCGUAUCGAGAAGGUCCAAGAUCUUGUUCUGUACCGUUAUGGCUCAACCGGUGUUCAUGAGGUGCUCAAGCGAGCAGUCGAUAUGCUAGGUGUCAUACCUGCAUAUCCCGUAAAGAGCAUAACAAACUUCUCGAGCGGAACCGGCAUUAACAAGGGCGGCGCCUUUAGAGACUGUAUUCUGAUUUGGCCAGGAACUACCGUUCGAGAGUUUGCAAAAAUUGUCCAUCCAGAAUUAGACAAGUAUUACCUUUAUGCUGAAACAGUGGGAGGUAUAAAGUUAGCGGAAGAUGCCAUUAUUACGGAACAAAACAAUGUCAUAUCUUUCAAAACAUCGCAAAAUGUUAGCCAAACAUCUUCUGACAAUGCUCCAGGAGCCAAUAGUUCAGAGAAAAAGACGGCAAACAAAAAAUAAUAAUAAAACCGCUACUUUACAUAUUAUUUUAUGGACCAUUAUCCUUGCCAUCAAGGCUCGAGAUACAGCCAAAUCGCUAUGAAUGACAUCCAA